CGGAAGUGGACUGCUUUAGCACACACGCUAACGGGAAGAACCGCCGGGGACCGCUUUUGCAGGCGGAUGUCGGGUUUUUAGAAAAAAAAGAAACGACGCGUCGCCCCGCAUAGCGAUCGAUCCAACGAAGAGCAUCUGGCGAGACUUGUUGUCGGGGUUCUGCGGUUCCCGUUGACGGGUUCUUUGCUCACCCACAUCAGCAUGGCCCGUAAGGGACCCCCGGCAGCCACUGCCACUACUGGCCCCAUGUGGAUGUGCCUCUACAAGCCCACGUGGAUGUAACCGGAUGUGCACCGGACUCACUUGACGGAGAUGAGGGCUUCCUUUUGUAGCUGAAGUUGUGCUGGGGUCUGCAACUAUGUUCCGGCUUCGUCCGGUCGCCUCCAGCCUGCGCAGGUCUCUGCGUGUGGGAGCGGCGAGCAGGGACCAGGUCCUGGAGCAGCUGCAGGUGUGCUCUGGCGAGGAGCAAGUGUUUGAGUUGGUGGGCAAGAACAAGGCAAAGCUCACGGCUCGCCAUGUCGGCUGUGCCACAGGUAUGUUGUGGCAGUUCCAGAAAGAGAGGCCUCAGAUGCUCAGGACGGUCGAGCAUGUCAAGAACCACCCGGAGUUCAUGACCCUGCGAGUUUUAGCGGAGAACAAAAUUUCACUCAUGGAUGACUGCAUGUUGGUAGACGUGCUGUAUGAAGUCCUCAGGCUCUCUGUGGAGCCUCACGACUCCCUUGUUCAGCAGUUAAUUUCAGAGGCAUGGCUCAGAUCAGACAGACUUCCCUUGACAUCCCUCUCCAAGUUCGCCAUUUGUCUCCAUGAUCAAAAUCUGCAUCACAGUCCUCUGAUGGGCCACAUCACUAACAUUUUGGCACAAAAGUUGUCCUCUAUUGAUGAUGUGAGGAUCCUUUCUGCACUGAUGAUAAGCGUGUCAUCUUUGGUGUCUCCUCGUCUGAGGGACGCACUCAUCAGCAAGGUAGACCAACUUCUGGACACCAUGGAUCCUGCAAAAUACAACAACGCGCGGCGAGUGGUGCAGUUUUUGCGAAACAUCAAGUGCCACCACCGGCCUCUGCUGGAGAAGUGCAACCAGAUUAUCUUGCAAAGUGUUCCCAAUCUGGAUGCAGAGCACAUCGGGAUUAUCGCGGGACUUUACCAGUCACUGCAGUUCAACAACUGUGACUUCAGGCUGGCUGUUAAACACAGGCUCAUAGAACUGAUUGAGUUAAGCACCGAUCCGUCCUCCUUCACUAAAGUGUUUGUUGUUUUGGGUCCUAUGGCCAAUGCAGAAAUUAGAGAAAGGUUGGAGAAUACAGCUCUCCUGCUGGCGGAGGAACUCAGUGCGCAGCAGGCCCUGGCAAUUGUUGAAGCACUUGAAGAGAUUCAGUGCAGGAACCUCAACCUGAUCAAUAAGAUCGCAUCAGUAACCCAAAAGUACCUUUAUGUAUACAAGGCAAUGGAUGUGGCCCGAAUUGCUCAAGCCCUUUUUCUGCUGCGCUACCAGAACCCUGAACAUUUCACAAAAUUGAAGAGCAUUCUGAUGAAAUUCUUAAUGAACAGUGUCUUCCCCUAUGAAGUGACCAUGUUGACCCGUGUUCUGUCCAUGCUGCCUUGCCCACAACUCCACAAUGACAUGAUCUCACGGGUGGAUGCAGUGCUGACCCAGUGUAGUCUCAACGACCUCAACACCUUCGCCUUGUCUAUUGCCAAGUGGAUCCGCAAUGACCCUUCCAAGAGCCACAACGCCCCCAGCAAGUACGUACGUCUGCUGCAGACUCUGAACCGCUGCGGGCACGAGAGGUUGCACACGGCUGACCGGCUGGACUUGGUGCUUGAAGAACUCAAGUUCGUGUCAGGGGAGUGGUUUGAGGAGAUGCUGCUGGAAGAGUGCAUGCUGACACUGCAGAGGACGAUGGACCAGAUAACCUGGGCUAACGUGCAUGACGUUUCCCUCCUCCUAACCAGGGCAAACCAUCUGUGCACUCCUCUUAUGGACCGUAUAGCUCAUGUUACUGUGAAAGACAUUGACAAGAUUUACUUCUCAGCAACAUAUGCUACUUUGCUUCCCUUUGCCAUACUGAAUUACGAUCCUCCGAGCGCAGACGAUUUUUUUGAAGUUUGCAUACAGCGUUUUACACCUCAUAUCGGUUCCUUUGACCCACAUCUACUGGUUCUCCUUGCCUAUGCCUUGGCAGUUGCGGACUAUUUUCCUGAGGAACUAGUUCGAGAAAUUUUUAAUAUAAAUUUUCUUGGCAAGCUGGAUGCCCAGUUAGAAACCCUCCCUUAUGUCCUCAACAUGCGGAUUCGCCGCCGCCUGAUGGAGCUGAAUCGCGCCAUCUGUCUCGAGUGCCCCGAGUUUCAGGUUCCCUGGUUUCAUCAACGCUACUGCCAGGAGUUGCAGAAGAACGGGAGUGGCUCUGUCAGUCCUGUUCAACAGCAGAUACACAAAAUGCUGGGUGAAGUCCUUGGUGACAUCAACUGUGUCCGUGUAGCAGUCCUCACCCCCUAUUCCUACACAGUAGACUUUGAAUGUGUGCUGGACAGACACCAUCACCCGGUCGCCUACAGCGAGCCAAGCAUGCUGCAAAUCUCUGGCAGUGGAAAGCUUCACUGGGGGGCCAAUUCACCGCAAGAAAUCAUGAAUGAGCUGCCUCCUGGAGCGCAACGUAUUGCUGUGGAAUUCCUGGAUUCAAAGUUGUUUUGCAAAAACUCGCAUCAUAUCAAGGGUGAACCACUGAUGAAAAAGAGACACCUUGAAAUCCUGGGGUAUCAUGUUGUUCAGAUCCCUCAUUUUGAAUGGAACUCCAUGGAGCUCUCAACGCAGGAUGCUUGGAAGGAAUAUCUUAAGAAGAAAAUAUUCACACAGUUGUCUUCUUGAGGAAUUUAUGUAUUAACUGUGAACGUAAUGUCACAUUCAGUGCUUAGCUCUGAACCAUUUUUGGCCAGAGUGACUGAAAAAUGUUCAAGUGCUAUUGAAUAUAUCAUUAUGUGCUCCGACAUGGAGCUACUUCAUUCGUGAAGUGAAACUGUAUUAUGCUUUUGUAUUUUAGAUUUGGAAAUUGUUGAAAGUUUUUAAAAAAUAAUAAAAUAUACUUGCAAAUCAUCAAGUUUAAACAUUUUAGACCAGUUAGCUACAGCAGAUCCUGCCAGCGGCUUAUUUUUAUUAUUUUUUUGAGAAAUUUGCAUGUCUUGUUAAAACAAAAUAGUUGGAAACCAGACCUCAAUGUAUCUGCUUGACUAAUCACUUACGAUAGUUUGCCAUCCCACCAAACGUAUGUACACGCACACACACACAUUAACUUUCCUCCAGUCGGGUUAUACAUCAAAAUACCAAAGACGCUCAGAGUCACUGGCUUCCUUUUUGUCUCUCAUAUCUUGAUCAGUGGGCGGUACGGUGGUGCAGCGGUUAGCGCGGUCGCCUCACAGUAAGAAGGUCCUGGGUUCGAGACCCGAGGUAGUCCCACCUUGGAGGUCGGCCUCUGUGUGGAGUUUUGCAUGUUCUCCCCGUGUCUGCGUGGUUUUCCUCCGGGUUCCUCUCGCAGUCCAAAGACAUGUAGGUCAGGUGAAUCGGCCGUACUGAAUUGCCCCUAGGUGUGUGUGUGGACCCUGUGUGAUGGUCUGGCGGCCUGUCCAGGGUGUCUCCCCGCCUGCCGCCCAAUGACUGCUGGGACAGGC